UUUUAUUUAUGUUGAAAUAAAUUUAUUUGGAGAAUAAUGAAUCAUACAUGCUUCAGCAGGUGGGAAAAGGGGCAGAAGUCCUUAUACAAAGUCUUUAAGAAAGUCCGGGCUCAAAAACCAUCCUUUGGCAACAAUCGAUGUGUGGACAUAACUCAGCAGCUGAGCCAAUACAGCUAUGAUGGUGAAGAUAAUGACUGUGACCAGCUGCCGAUCAGAACCCCUGCUUCUUUUCAAGAGAGGGCUCUUCAAAGAGGAGCUAAUCACGCUUGAUUGUUUAAGUAUGAGAAGGAAUUUAUGACUGAAGAGCAACUUCGAAGGGAAGCUAGGCGCCUUCUAAGGGAGGAACAGAAGAAGAGAAGCAAAGGGAAGCCAGACCGACAGGGAAGAGAAAAGGAAGAUAAUAGCUAUUCAUAUCAAGAUGAGCAAGAAAAAUCUGGCAAUCGCAAAACAGCUUAUUUUGGCUUGGGCUCAUCUGCUUCGAAGUCAAAAUCACUGGCUCGUGAUAGCAGAGCCAAGGAGCCAAACCCAGACAAAAGAAGAGUGAAGUCAACAGAUCCCAAUCUUGACAAAGAAGAGUCAGAAGAGCGUCCAAGUGCUUCUUGAAAGAAGGAAAAUUAUGGUAAAUGGGUUUAUUUAAGGAACAAAGCAAGAUAUGGUUCAAAAUCCGUGGACAAAUAUCAGCUCACCAAAGAGCAGAAAGAAGAACUUCUAGAUGAAAUGGAUCAAAAGAGGAAGGCCAGAUGGAAACCUGACUCUCAUCUCAGGUCAGAAUAUGGGAAGCCCAUAUUCCAUCCUUAUGGGAAGGCCAAUACCAAUCCUACUUCAGGAGGUAUAAUUUAUGGAGACUAUCUGAGGACUCAUAAUAUUCAUCCUCAUAGUGGGGAGAAUCAUCCUGAGUAUAGGCAGACAUACACCUCUGCUCAUGACACUGCAUUUGUCAAUGGUAAGCCAACUCUGCAUCCAACAAAGGAACUUAAGAAGGAGCCAAAGAUUACAAAGAAGGAGAUAGAGGAGCUCAAGAACAAGAAUUCUCUGUUGCCUGAUAAGCCCUCUAGGCACCUAAAAAGGGAGAUCAAGCAACUUGAUCUUAUGGACGAGGUUAGGUUUGCUAGUCAGCACGAUACUCCUGCUCCUUCAGAAUAUGCCACCACUGAGAGGUCCUCUAGCAGGAAAUCUCAAAUGAAGAGCCAGUCUAGGGAGACUAGUUCUAGGCUGAAAGACAGCAAGAGAAGGCCAGCAAGGGCUAAACCAAGAAUGGAGUAUAAGGAAAAGAAAACACAGGACAACCCUGAUCUGGGAAAUAUCAGUAUUAGCUAUUCAAAGAAGUCUAAAGGAAACAAAACUCGUGAUGAAAGAGUUAAUGCAAGGGACCAAGUGAAUCAUAAAAAUUCUAAAUUAGCCAAUAAGCUGGCUAAGGACAGAAGGUAUAAAGGAGAGGAAACAUAUCCAAUGGAAAAUGCCACUUUUGAUCAAACAAUGGCUAGUACAGGAGAUUAUACUCAACUACAGAACUUCCAGAAGAGAGCUCAGAGUGCCAAAAAUAGAGCUCCAGUUGAUUACCAGAGAUAUUUGAAGUGCAAAGAGUCUAAAAAUGAUAUCAAUCAUAUAUGUACUUGUAGUCUCAGAGAUCCCACUAUUCUUCCUGUAGGAUACUCCUUCCUCUUUAGUCACGAUGAGUUAGCUGAUCCUCCUUUGUACGACAGAGAUUCUCGUGGCUGAGUGAUUGUGCCUGAAUCUUAUGCAAGAAAGCAUCAUUUGUAGUUGGAGAAAAGAAACCCUAGCUACUAAAAGUUACAUUUCGUUGAUCAAUACAAGAUACUAAUGAAUAGUUUCAAU